AUGGCCUCCGUCGUCGCUCAGCCUCACUUCAUGUUCGGCCUGCGGAGAGGAGUGAGCAGCAACGUGGGUUUCUUUGACGAGCACACGCUGGUGUUUCCCGCUGGAAACUGCUGCGUGUGCUACAACACGGCCACGCGCAGCCAGAGGCUCAUUCCAGGCUCAGACAGGAGUCAGGGGAUGCGAGCUCUGGCCAUCAGCGCCAACCGCCGCUACCUGGCGGUGUCAGAGUGCGGCGAGCGGCCCGCCGUCACGGUGUUCGACCUGCAGCACGAGCAGGGCAGGAAGAGGAAGGUCCUGACCGCUGGAGACGCGCCGCCGCAGGAGUCAGUCUGCUUGGCGUUCUCGCCCGACUCCAAGUACCUGGUGGCUCAGGCAGGGCCCCCGGACUGGACGCUGACCUUCUGGCUCUGGGAGAAGCACAAAGUCCUGGCCACGGUCAAAACAACCACCUCUAACAACCCUGUUAGCCAGGUCAGCUUCAACCCUCACAACAACAUGCAGCUGAGCGUCAGCGGCCUCGGCGUCUUCAAGCUCUUCCGGUACUUCGAGGGCUCGCUCAAGCAGAGCAGCUUCGCCAAGGUGGAGUCCCUCAACCUGCUGUGCCACGCCUGGACGGCGGAGGAGCGGGUGAUCGCCGGGACGGACACGGGCAGGCUGCUGGUGUUCGAGUCCGGACAGCUGCGGCGGGAGAUCGGCCCGGCCGCCGCGGCCGGCAGGUGAGAGCCCGGCGAGGUCUGCAGACGGAAACCACAAAUCAGUCCAUCGACCGGUGAUGCUGUUCUCAGACGAGUGGAGGUGAAGAGGAUCAGAGACGGGGAUGAGGGUCCAGCGCUGCCCCCCAUCAGAGCCAUCCGGUCCUACUCCAGGGGCUUCGUGUGCUCUGUGGGUCCCGGAGCCGUCUGCCUGUUUGAAAAGACGGAGGAGGAAAGCUACCGGAGGAGCAGGGAGAUCCGGAUCCCUGCAGACCCCCACAGCAGUGACCUGAGCCCAGCCGAGGCUCAGGAGGUGGAGAGCAUGUGCCUGAGCCCAGCCGAGGAGACGCUGGCCAUCAGCACGGACCGAGGACAGCUGUACAGCGUCAGUCUGUCCUCUGUGGACAUGGACAGGGAGGAGCAGCUCCUCUUCCAGCUCCUGUCCGAGCCGCUGCACUCCCGCUCCAUCACCGGAUUGUCCGUCUGCGUCCGCAAGCCCUUCGUAGCCACCAGCUCUCUGGACCGAUCGGUCCGCAUCUGGAACUACGACACCAAAGUGUUGGAGCUGUACAGGGAGUUCCAGGAGGAGGCGCACAGCGUGGCGCUGCACCCCACCGGCCUCUCCAUCCUGGUGGGCUUCUCAGACAAGCUCAGACUGAUGAACCUGGUGAUGGACGACAUGCGCACCUUCAAGGAGUUCACCGUGCGCGGCUGCAGAGAGUGUGCGUUCAGCCACGGUGGCCACAUGUUCGCCGCUGUCAAUGGAAACGUCAUCCACGUUUACUCCGUCACCUCCUUCGAGAACAUCGUCAACCUGAAGGGCCACAACGGGAAGGUCCGCAGUAUCAAGUGGAGCCUGGAUGACAGCCGGCUGGUGUCCUGCGGGCUGGACGGCGCGGUGUACCAGUGGAACGCUCACACGGGCAAGCGCGAGUCCGAGAGCGUCCUCAAGUCCUGCGGCUACACGGACGUGGCUCUGUCCUCAGACUGCCGGACCGUCCUGGCCGUGGGAACCGACCUCACGCUGAAGGAAAUCCAGGACUGCCAGGUCCUGAGGGAAGUCCCGGCCGAUGACGUGGCUCACACCACUCUCGCAGUGUCCCAUUCGGGCAGGGUGGUCUUCACUGGGACCUCCGGGGGAACCGUCAGGGCCAUCAAAUACCCCUUACCCAUCCAGAGGGAAUGGAUCACAUACCAGGCGCACUGCGGCCCCGUCACCAAGAUGGCGAUUACCUACGACGAUCAGCUGCUCCUGACGGUGUCUGAAGACGGCUGUCUGCUCAUGUGGAAGAUCAUCGACAAGGAAGGGAGAGGGCUGAAGAGCAGCAGGCAGACGGUCUACACGGACGAGAUCCUCGUCACCAAGUCCGACCUGGAGGAGAAGAACCAGAACAUGCUGGAGCUGAAGAUGCGCCUGGAGGAGCUGCAGAUGGAGAACGAGUACCAGCUCCGCCUGAAGGACAUGAGCCACAGCGAGAAGCUCAAGGAGCUCACCGACAAGUUCACCCAGCAGAUGGAGGCUCUGAAAGCCAGUCAGCAGGCCAUGAAGACGGAGAUGGAGAAGCAGGAGCGUGACCACCAGGAGAAGAUGGCAGACGCCCACAUGAAGUACUCCAAAGAACUGAAGGAUUUAGAGCUCUCCGACCGCCAGAUGCUGAUUGUGGAGCACGAGAAGCACCUGGAUCUGCAGCAAAGGCACGAGAGAAUGCAGGAGGACUACGAGAAGCGUCUGAGUUCUGCGGAGCAGAGUAAAGCCCAGGCAGUGGAGGAGCUCACGCAGCGGUACGAGGCCAGGCUGCAGGAGAAGACGCAGCUCCUGGACCAGUGUCGGCAAGAUGCCCAGCAGCAGAUCACCGAGCUGAAAGAGACGAUACGGCGGGCAGAGGAGGACAAAGAGCGAAAGAUCCAGGACAUCCAAGUGGAGUACGAGAAGAGACUUCAGACCGAAAAAGACCUUAACACAAACCUGAAGGGGAAGGCCGGCGUCAUGACCCAAAAAUUCCACAGCCUGCAGAGGCAGAUCGAAGACAGGUGGACGGACAUGGACAAGCUGAAGAAGGAGCGGCAGAGGCUGCUGGGCCUGAUCCGCUCCCUGGAGAGCGACGUGGACGACCUGAAGCGCCAGAUCUCAGGACACGAGAAGACCGGCCAGGACAAGGACAAUAUCAUCUGUGGCCUGAAGAAGAAGAAUCAGGAGCUGGAGAAGCUGAAGUUCGUUCUGGACUUCCAGCUGGGCGAGAUGAAGAGGCAGACCGAGCCUCAGCAGGACGACAUCAACCAGAAGAAGCAGAAGAUCCAUCAGCUGGAGGAGGAACUGCUCCAGACCGGCAAGAGCAACAUGCAGCUGAAGCUCAGCGUGUCCAACCUGAUCCUCAAGCUCAAGACCAAAGACCAGGACCUACGCUCAGAGAUGCUGAAAGUGAAAGAUCUGGAGACCCACCUGCAGCGCCUCAGGGCAGACCUGCACAGCUGUGUGGCUUUCAUCCAGGAGCCCAAGAAGCUGAAGGACGGCGUGCAGACGCUGUACGCCCGCUACGUCUCGCACGCCGACGGGGUGAGUCGGACCUCCUCCGAGGUGGAGAAUCAGAGCGUGAAUGAGGAGCUGAGGAACGCGUUCCGCCAGCAGCAGGACUACAUGGAGAAGACCGUCAGCCAUCUGAAGACGAGGCUGGAGAAAUCUGACCAGGAGCACGAGAAGGUCUACAACAACAUCAUGAAGGAGAACAUGACUCUGAUCGGAGAAAUCAACCAGCUGCGCAAGGAGCUGCGUCUGGCCAGGACCCAGAUCAAGGACUACAAGACUCAGGUCUCCACGUUCAGAAGGCUCUGA